AUGGAGGAAGCGAGGGUCAGGCGUGAUGAAGUUGAGCGGAAAGAGGCUAUGGUUCGGCGUGAAAAGGAAGAGGUUGAGCGAUUAAAGAAGGAGGUAGAGGAAGCUAAGGAGAGGGCAGAGAGGGAGGAGGCAAUGAAGAGAGCUGCCGAUGAGGUCAAGCGCCGGAAGAAAGCUCAACGAAAGUUGGAGGCAGAGGCCAAGCGGAAGGCCGAAGCUGAAGCUGCUCAGGUCAAAGCUGAGGGGGAGGCAAAGCUGCGACAGAUGUUGGGGAUUCAGCAGGUUGACAACUCCCUGACUCUUGCCGAGCAAGAGGCCACUCCCUUUCACGAACAGCAGAUCCUCCUCCAAGAAGCCUGGCACCAGAUCGACGAAUCCCUCAUUCUCUCCCAACAGGCGCAUAACACCCUUCUCCGUGCUCAGCACCACAACUCUGAAGCCUUCCGCCAACUCGGAGAGGCCGACCUUCUCCUCUCGCUCUCGCAGGACGUCUCGCAGAUCUGCCAAAAUACCCAAGAUAGUCCAAAUCUGAUCUUGGCCCGGCUUCGCUUCGACGAAGCCAUCCUUCAAGCCCAAGAAGGCUACCGUCUCCUCCAAGAAGCAUGGGACUGUCACGAUUCUUCAACGCGCACCGCCGAGGCAGGUCAUCGUUUGCUAGUGGAAGUCAGCCACGAUGGAGAAUACGAACGGUCAGCCGCGCAGUACUCUUUAGUGGAGGCACGCCAUCAAAAUAACGAGGCAUUUCGGAGGGCGGAGGAAGGUCGCAGCGUACUCGAGAAGGUGCUUGCGGAGAUGGGGAUUCCUCUUCAUCAUAGUAGGGAGGAAGGCCAGGCGCAUGCUAGUCAUGACAGCCAAAUUCCCGCACAAGACCCUGACACCAUCCUCGUUACCACCCCUCCCACCACUCAGCACCAGCUGUCCGAUCCGGAAGCAAACGCCGAUAGCGAGACUGUGUCGUCCAGCUUCGAGAGCAUAUCUACCACCACAAGCGGUGACCAGUCAGAAACUCCAACCGACAACCGUCCCUACGAAGAGCGCCUAGCGGCCUUCAUCAACGGUCAGCUCCUCGCCUAUGGCGUUUGGGACCCGGAGUCAUUUUAUGUUCGGUAUGACCCGCGCAACCCAAACGGUCCGCGGGCGCAUGAGAUGCCAGUGAUGAGUGAGAGAGAGCUCCAUGGGGAUGCUGCUGGCAGCGGCGUAAUGCGUGCGAAGGAGGCGUGGUGGUGA